UGAGGACAUCGAGAGAAGUUACAAAACCCACCAGACAUGGCAAAAAGAAGAACAAAAAAAAGAACUCACGUAAAGGUGAACCAAGAUGAGGCUGCGAAGAUCCCUCGUUCCAUGGUGUUGAGAAUAGGUUUGAAUAUGAAGAACCACUCUCUUACACAAUUGGUGAGGGAUAUGAGAAAUGUGAUGCAGCCACACACCGCAAUCAAGCUUAAAGAGAGAAAAUCCAACAAACUAAGAGACUUUGUCGUUAUGGCUGGUCCGUUGAACGUUUCUCACUUGAUGAUCUUUAGUCAAUCGGAAGCUGGUACUACACAGCUGAGAAUAGCGAGAAUGUCCAGAGGUCCAACUAUUACUUUCAAGGUUGAUAACUAUUCGCUCUGUAAAGACGUUAGAAAGAUUCAAAGACAUCCAAAAUCCAUUACAGGUGAAUCGAAGGAGUAUCUGAACCCGCCUUUGUUGGUGCUCAAUGGGUUCACAAACCCUCAAUCGGCACCACCACAUGAGAAACUGCUCAUUACAACUUUCCAAAACAUGUUCCCGCCUAUUCAACCACACUCCACUAAGGUGAGCUCUGUUAAAAGAGUGUUGAUGAUCUUCAAGGACCAGGAAACAGGUGCAAUUGAAUUACGUCACUAUGCCAUUGAUGCCAAACCGGUUGAAGGCUCCAAGAGUAUUAAGAAGUUGAUAAAUGCAAAGAAAAACAUUCAUAAGAGACUUCCGAAUUUGAACAGAACCUCUGACGUUUCUGAGCUUUUAACAGACCCAUACUCCAUUGGUGCAUUCACCAGUGAUAGUGAGGUUGAAGAGGAGAAUAUUGUUGACGUUACAGAGACAAGUGCAACUACUGUCAAGAAGGAUGUUUCCACAACAACCUCUGGAAUCAGCUCAUCAGCAGCUGAAACAAAUGUUCGUAAGAAGGCUAUUAAACUUACAGAGAUUGGUCCACGGUUGAAACUGCACCUGACUAAAAUUGAGGAAGGAAUCUCCACUGGUAAAGUAUUGUACCAUCAUAAUAUUAAGAAAUCCAAGAAGGAGCAAACUGAGUUGGAACAGAAACAUGCAGAACGCCAAAGAAUUAAAAGGGAGAGAAAGGAAGAGCAGGCUGCUAACAUUGCCGAGAAGAAGUCUAAAAAGGAGGCAAAAAAGGAACGUCGUAAACAACGUGAAGAAGAGCGUAAGGCAAGGCUGGCAAAUGGUGAAGAAGUCUCUGAAGAUGAAGAUGAAGAAGAUGCCGAUGAAGAAGAACAAGAUGCGGAUGAAGAAGAAAUACCUGAGGAUUUGGAUAGUGAUCUUUACAGUGAUGUGGAUGAGAUGGAUGAAGAUUAAUUCAUAGUUUAGAUAGAACAUACUCUCAAUGCAUAGUUGAGCAACGACGUGUGUAGUUGUUUCAGGUGUGAAGUCUUUUUGUUUCUCGUUAAUAUACGAUUUCAUGGUCUGCAAGUGCUUAAAUUUCCUCAUUGGGACACCAAUGGAGCCCAAUAUACUACAAGUGUAUAACCACAGAGCUCUGUUCUGUUACACUUGAAACAUCACCUCAAAUACUCAAAUAG